AUGGCAUUCCUUGGCCCCUCCAAGUCCCAUUUGGAUUCGCUGGUCGGACAUGCGCUCUUUGGCGAUGGCGCGGCCGCUGCCAUCAUCGACACUGACCCCGACGUGCCCUUCGAGAAGCCACUCUUCCAGCUGGUAUCAGCGAGCCAGACCAUCCUGCCCGACUCCGAGGGUGCCAUCAACGGCCACCUUACGGAGGCAGGGCUCACCAUCCACCUUCUCAAGGACGUGCUCGGGCUCAUCUCCGAGAACAUCGAGCAAGCGCUCGAGGAUGCCGUCCAGCCUCUAGGCAUCCACGACUGGAACUCAAUCUUCUGGAUUGCACACCCUGGCGGGCCGGCGAUCCUGGACAUGGAUGGCCAAGCAACCACUAGAGAGGGUAAGGAGUGGGGUGUCCUCUUCGGCUUUGGCCCCGGCCUCAGCGUCGAGACGCUCGUCCUCUACAGCGUCCCGAUCACAGCCACUACAUGA